UCAGUUGCGUCGUCUUCCUACCAGGAAAGAGCCGCUCCAGUCUAUCGAAAACGGAGCAGAGGGUAGAAUAAGCUGCUGUCAAUUUGUAAGAACAUCAUGCCGGAUAUAAUGUCAAGACCUUUAAUCCGGGAAAGAGGCGUUGAGGGGGCCAGGCAACUGGAAGCCUCUGUGUCAGAUCCCAGCACUCCAGUGGUCGGCAUCCUGGGCACUGGAGACUUCUCCCGCUCACUGGCCAGGAGGCUGAUGGCCUCUGGCUACCAAGUAGUGGUGGGAAGUCGGACCCCCAAACGCUUUGUAGCUCUUUUCCCAGAGGAGAUUGAGGUGACCACCCAGUUGGAAGCAGUCACUCAGGCAGACCUGGUCUUUGUCGCCGUUUAUCCCGAGCACCACUCGACGCUGGUGGAGCUUAAACCCGCAUUGGCUGGGAAGAUAUUAGUGGAUGUUAGCAACAGCAUAUGUAUCAGUAAGGGUCCAUCCAACGCUGAGCUCCUGGCUGACUAUUUUCCUGAGAGCUCCGUGGUGAAGGGGUUUAACACCAUAUCUGCCUGGACGCUGCAGAUGGGCCCCAGAGAUGGAGGCAGGCAGGUUUUCCUGUGCAGCAACAGCCAAAAGGCCAAGAACACGGUGAAGUCAUUAUGCCACAGGAUGGGCUUCAUCCCCGUCGAUAUGGGCCUCCUCUCGUCUUCUCUGGAGAUAGAAAAUAUGCCUCUCUAUCUUUUUCCCUCCUGGCGAACGCCUGUUCUUGUCACAUUUUCUCUUUUCAUCUUCUUCUACCUGUACAACUUCCUCCGGGAUGUGUUGCAGCCCUUGGUCACCGAGAAAAAGAGCGUCUUCUACAAAAUGCCGAUUGAAGUCGUCAACGUCACUCUUCCCUCCGUCGCCUUGGUGAUGCUUUCGCUGGUCUACCUGCCUGGUCUGUUCGCUGCCUUCCUCCAGCUGCGCUCGGGGACGAAAUACAAUCGUUUUCCCAACUGGUUGGAUCGCUGGCUGACCAUGAGGAAGCAGUUGGGACUCUGUAGCUUCCUGUGUUCAGUGCUGCAUGCUGUUUACAGUCUGUGUCUUCCUCUGAGAAAGUCUGCUCGCUUUAAACUGAUCAACAUGGCCUACAAACAGGUGAAAAUAGGUAUCGAGGACUCGUGGGUAGAUGAAGAAGUGUGGAGGAUGGAGCUCUACCUGUCCGUAGGCAUCAUGGCGCUCGGACUGCUCUCCCUGCUGGCUGUCACCUCUCUACCUUCCGUGGCCAACACCAUCAACUGGAGGGAGUUCAGCUUCAUCCAGUCCUCGCUUGGUUACUGUGCCUUGUUCAUGGCCACCACCCACACUCUCCUCUACGGGUGGAAUCGGGCCUUCGAUCCCAAACAGUACCGCCUCUACAUGCCCCCCACCUUCGUCCUGGUGCUGAUUCCCCCCUUCGUGGUCCUGCUGGGCCGCCUGGCUCUCUGCCUGCCCUGUGUGGCCGAGCGGCUCAGGAAGAUCCGCCGUGGCUGGGAGAGGAGCAGAAACGUCUGCUUCACGCUGCCUUCUGAAGGCUACUGCAACGGGCUGGAGGACAUCAGCAAUGUGUGAGAUAUGCUGUUGCUCUGAGAAAAAAGGAUGAAUAUCUACAAAAGAGGUAAAAUAUUUAUACUAAGCUGGAGUCUGUCGACGACUUGCUGAGGUUCUUUUCAGUGAGGUGGAGGGAAGACCCUGAGAGACAUCCGAGCAGCACCACACUCUGAAAUGAUCUUUAAUUUAUUGUUUUCUCUAUUUUAAGUGUCAAUCGUAGUAGAGAACAGCAGCUCUUUCAAAUUAAAACAUCCUUACACAGCAUACUAAAGUGCUUAAGCUCACCAAAGUAAAUUUAUAUUUAAAUCCUCAUUAAGAACACUUUCCAUGCGAUUAUUUAUAUUUAAAACUGAAGCUUGAAAAUGAAAAGAAACAAAACAACUAACUGGUUUAUAGAUGUCUUUAGUGUUAUUGAUAGGUUUCAUCUUUUUCCUACUUAUUGUACUUACCAUUUUUAGUAUGUUUUCUUUUUCCUAAAGCUGCCUUCAAGACAGAGCCAGAAUAUUUUUUU